AUGGCCUCAGCGGGAGCCAACAGCUCGUCGUCGAUGGGGCCCCCGAGGUCGGCCUUGGGCAGGCUAUGGAAGACCACGCACGCUCCGGACUACUUUGGCUUCCUCGUCCUCCUCUUUGGCUAUUUCCUGAUUGUCCAAUUUGUCACGCCCUUUCACCGCAUGUUCUUCAUCAACGACCUCAACAUUGCCUACCCCUACGCCGUGAAUGAGCGCGUCACCGUUCCGUUGAACAUCAUCUACGCCAUCCUCCUCCCCCUCGGCGUCCUCGUCGCCUACAACGUCGUCACCAGAUCGGCGGCCGCCAAGCACGAGGUGACGUAUCUCGCCUUCGCCAUCGCCGUCGUCCUCACCUCCUUCCUCACCGACAUCAUCAAAAACGCCGUCGGCCGUCCACGACCCGACCUCCUCGACCGCUGUCACCCGUCGGCCGAUACGAAGCCGAAUGUCCUGGUGACGAUAACCGUCUGCACCAGCACCGACGACCGCAAGCUUCACGAUGGCUGGCGCUCCUUCCCCUCGGGGCACUCGUCCUUUUCCUUUGCCGGCCUCGGCUUCCUCAGCCUCUUCCUCGCCGGCCAGCUGCACGUCUUUCACUAUGCCGUCGGCGGACGAGACCUGAGCCGUGCGCUGCUCUGCCUGAUGCCGCUGAUCGGCGCCGCCUUGAUUUCCAUCUCCCGCUGCGAGGACUACCGCCACGACGUGUACGAUGUCUGUGUCGGUGCCGCCCUCGGCAUGAGCGUCGCCUACUGGAGCUACAGGAGGCAUUGGCCCAAGCUGUCCAGCCCCAGGUGCCACGAGCCUCAUCCGCCGCCGAGCGCGAAGGCGGACCCCCUGGGGUGGCACCGCGUCAGGGACGAAGAGGAGGGCACCGCGGUCGCAUGGCAGGAUGACUUCACCGACGUGAUGAAUUUUGGAUAG